AUGCGUCGCAUUUAUGUUGAUAAAAUUUUGGAGGGUAAGCCAACCGAAUGUUACUGUCGAAGUCAAAAUGGAAUAAGUAACUGUGAAGAGAAAAACACUGGGAUUUCGGAUACUCUGUUUGGGAGGAAAAACGUUUUUAGGGAAAUGGGGUUCUCUCGAAUUACGCCUUCCAGAUCGGGUCAGAGACAGAGUUCCCAAAGUAAUGAUAUGGGUAAGACUAGGUGGUCUGAUUGUGGUUGUGCAUCCUGUGUUUCUUGGAUGAAAAAUGGAGAUGAUGCGAAGCUUCACGUUGUUGUUAAGAAUCCAUCAAAAGGUAAAGGAAACAAUGAUGAUUCCGGUGAAAACGUGAUAUUUCUACAUGGGUUUCUUUCGUCUUCUUUUCUUUGGACAGAAACGGUGUUUCCUGAGUUAAAUAGUAGCAAAUACAAACUGUUUGCUGUAGAUCUUUUGGGAUUUGGAAAUAGCCCAAAGCCAAGGGAAUGUCUCUACACUCUGAAUGAUCAUACGGAAAUGAUCGAAAAGUCAGUCAUCCAUGAAUUCAACUUGACUUCAUUCCAUUUGGUUGCACACUCCAUGGGCUGCAUAAUUGCUUUAGCAUUAGCAGCAAAGCAUCCAAACAAUCUCAAAUCCAUCACUCUAAUUGCUCCACCUUGCUUUUUGUCGAGUGGAGAAGAGGAUGCUACUCAAAUAGCAUUAAAAAAACUGGCGUACAAACGUUUAUGGCCACCAUUAUCGUUUGGCGCAUCAUUCAUGACAUGGUACGAGCAUUUAGGCAGAUGUGUGUGUUAUUUCGUGUGUAGGCACCACACGACAUGGGAAAAGAUUUUGAAGCUUAUCACUCGCCAAAGGAAGUUGAAUUUUUUAGUGAUAGACUUGACGAGGCACACGCACCAUUCGGCUUGGCACACGAUGCAUAAUGUGAUAUGUGGUGGAGCCAAGAUGAUGGACCCGUGCCUUGAAACCUUGAGAGCGGCUCGAGCCAGGGUGAGCGUGGUUCAGGGGUCAAGAGACCUGGUGGUGCCGGUGGAAUGCAGCAAUAAUGUUAAAGUUAAGGUUCCUGAUGCAGAGGUCAAGAUCAUAAAUGGUGUUGGUCAUACAGCUGUCAUUAUUGGAAGAGAAAAAGAGUUUGCUAAAGAUUUGGAAAUUAUUUGGGAUUCUGUCACUAAUGCAAAGGGUUAGCAUGUUGGAAUAUAGAUUAGUGAAUGAAUGGUGUGUAUCAAUCAUCAAUAAAUUUAUGACGUUAUUGUUUUAUUUUAUCUUAUCUUCCAUUAUUUUAUAGAUUUAGUUCCAUACCAAAAACGCACCAAGUUAUUGGCUCAUAAAAACGACAAAAAAUGUGAAGCUGGACAAAGGUAGGGACGAAUGAUAAGACAAUAAUAGUUUGAAAGUAGGGACAUGAAAGAUAAGAUAUUUACAAUGAUAAUUGAUUAGUAAAUCAC